CCUAGCUUAUCUUUUGGCAUUCGAUUUCCACAUUGUAACAUGGAGAGAGCGACAAAAUUGGCAUCCGAGAAGCCGGAGGUGAUCUUCAACAAUAGUUUGUGUUGCAUGUCCCACACCAUCAAAACCCUUUUUUACAACUUCGGAUUCGACCCCGCGAUUCAUCCUUCCGUUCUGACAGUCUUCACUGGUGGUGAACUUGUUGGUGGAACUAACCAGAUCAUGAGUCUUCAUCUGAAUCGAUCCUUAAUCCCAAUGCUUAAACAAGUAGGAGCCCUUUGGGUUUAA